GGCGAGGGCGCGGCGUGAGCAGAGCAGAGCGUGUUAAAGGUGCGGCGGCGCGGCUUUCACUGCGCAGGCGUCCACUGCUCUCCUUGUCAGCCGGCUCGUGUGCGGACUCUGAGGCUGUGUGCGGCGGCGGGUCUUCGGCAUCAUGAGCCGCUUCAGCAGCGAGGAGCGCUCGGCGCCUUUCACCCUCGAGUACCGCGUCUUUCUCAAAAAUGAAAAAGGGCAAUAUAUUUCUCCAUUCCACGAUAUUCCAAUGUAUGCAGAUAAGGAUGUGUUCCACAUGGUUGUUGAAGUUCCACGCUGGUCAAAUGCAAAAAUGGAGAUUGCUACAAAGGACCCUUUAAAUCCAAUUAAACAAGAUGUGAAAAAAGGAAAACUUCGUUAUGUUGCAAAUUUGUUCCCAUAUAAAGGAUAUAUCUGGAACUAUGGUGCCAUCCCUCAGACUUGGGAAGACCCAGGACAUAGUGACAAACAUACUGGCUGUUGUGGUGACAAUGACCCAAUUGAUGUUUGUGAAAUUGGAAGCAAGGUAUGUGCGAGAGGUGAAAUAAUCAGGGUGAAAGUUCUGGGCAUAUUGGCUAUGAUUGAUGAAGGUGAAACUGACUGGAAAGUCAUUGCCAUUAAUGUGGAUGAUCCUGAUGCAGCCAAUUAUAAUGAUAUUAAUGAUGUCAAACGACUGAAACCCGGCUACCUGGAAGCCACUGUUGACUGGUUUAGAAGGUACAAGGUUCCUGAUGGAAAACCAGAAAAUGAGUUUGCUUUCAAUGCAGAAUUUAAAGACAAGGAUUUUGCGAUUAAUAUUAUUAAAAGCACUCAUGACUAUUGGAAAGCAUUAGUAACUAAGAAAACGGAUGGAAAAGGAAUCAGUUGCAUGAACACCACGGUCUCCGAGAGCCCCUUCAGGUGUGAUCCUGAUGCUGCCAGAGCCAUUGUGGAUGCUUUACCACCACCAUGUGAAUCUGCCUGCACACUACCAGCAGAUGUGGAUAAAUGGUUCCAUCACCAGAAAAACUGAUGCGAUUUCUCUGGAACACAAGCUGAUAUUGCUGCAUCCUGUUCAUCUGGAAAUAUUAGAUGCAAGAGUGUAGUGGCUUCCCAAAGCUUUAACUUCAUAGAACUCACCUAACUGAAGCAGAUUCCUCUGUGACCAGUCUAAUAUAUUCAGAAGUUAUCUAUCCAAAAACUUUUCAUAUCUCAACAAAACUACUUUUAGUACAUGUAGCUAUCAGAGCCAUUGUGACUUGGAAGUCAUUUGUGAAUAGAUGUGAAAGGUGAACACAUUGGAUGUAUAUGUUUACCAUAUGUUAGGAAAUAAAAUUAUUUUGCUGAAAUGUGG